GGAGGGGCUCGGGACCUGACACCGGCAUCGCCCGCAUCGCCGGCAGCUGCCGCCUCCUGAGACAUGAAGAAGUUCUUCGACUCGCGCCGGGAGCAGGGCGGCUCCGGGCCCGGGUCGGGCACCAGCGGCGGCGGAGGGUCCCGUAGUGCAGGGGUUUGCAGAUGGACACGUAGCGGCUACAUCGGCCGGGUCUUCAGCAUCGGCCGGCACCAGGUCACCGUGGACGAGGUGCUGGCGGAAGGUGGCUUUGCAAUCGUGUUCCUGGUGAGGACGAGCAAUGGGGUGAAGUGUGCCCUGAAGAGGAUGUAUGUCAAUAACGAGUACGACCUGCAGGUCUGCAAGAGAGAGAUCCAGAUCAUGAGGGAUCUGUCUGGCCACAAGAACAUUGUGGGCUACAUUGACUCCAGCAUCAACCCUGUCAGCAGCGGGGACGUGUGGGAGGUGCUGAUCCUCAUGGACUUCUGCCGGGGGGGACAGGUGGUGAACCUGAUGAACCAGCGCCUGCAGACCGGCUUCACCGAGAGCGAGGUGCUGCAGAUCUUCUGUGACACCUGUGAGGCUGUGGCCAGGCUGCACCAGUGCAAGACUCCCAUCAUCCACAGGGAUCUGAAGGUUGAAAACAUCCUGCUGCAUGACCGUGGCCACUAUGUCCUGUGUGACUUUGGAAGUGCUACUAACAAAUUCCAGAACCCUCAAACAGAAGGGGUGAAUGCGGUCGAGGAGGAGAUCAAGAAGUACACGACGUUAUCCUACAGAGCCCCAGAGAUGGUGAACCUGUACAGCGGCAAGCUCAUCACCACCAAAGCAGACAUUUGGGCCCUGGGCUGUUUGCUGUACAAGCUGUGCUACUUCACCUUGCCCUUUGGGGAGAGCCAGGUGGCCAUUUGUGAUGGCAACUUCACCAUUCCAGACAACUCUCGGCACUCCCAGGACAUGCACUGCCUCAUCCGGUACAUGCUUGAGCCAGACCCUGAUAAGAGACCUGACAUUUAUCAGGUCUCCUACUUUGCAUUCAAACUGGCCAAGAAGGACUGCCCGGUGCAGAAUGUCCAGAACUCUCCAAUCCCUGCUAAGCUCCCAGACCCAGUUAAAGCAAGUGAAGCUGCUGCAAAGAAGAGUCAACCAAAGGCCAGGCUCACAGACCCCAUCCCUACGACAGAAACGUCCAUAGCACCCCGCCAGAGACCUAAAGCAGGACAGACCCAGCCCAAUCCUGGGAUUCUGCCCAUCCAGCCAGCCCUGACACCCAGGAAGAGAGCCACAGCCCAGGCAGCCAUCCAGCCACAGGUUGCAGGCCCGGCUGCCCUGGGCAGUGCCCAGCCCGCGCUCCCUGCCAGCACCCCCCAGCCUAAAGCAGCCCCCCAGCAGCCUCCAGCCCAGCCCCAGGCCAAGCCGGCAGCAGCUCCCCAGGCACAGCCCCAGGUCCCCUCAACACAGCCCCAGGCCACCCCUCAGCAUCAGCAGCAGCUUUUCCUGAAGCAGCAGCUCCUGCAGCAGCAGCAGCAACAGCAGCAGCAGCAGCAGGCUGCCUACUUCCAGCAGCAGCAGCAGAUGAUGCAGGCACAGCAGUUCCCAGCGAUGCAGCAAGGAGCGCCCGCGCAGCAGCCGCUGAUGCAGAACUACUACCAGCAGCAGCAGCAGCAGCUGCUGGCCCAGCAGGCAGCCAUGCAGCAGAAGAGCACAGCAGCAGCAGCAGCUCAGCAGAAGCAGCAACCCCUGGCACCGGCCCAGCCCGAGGCGCAGCCCAGCGCGGCAGCGCCGGCACCGCCGCAGGAGCAGGGGGCUCAGGCUCAGGCUCAGGCUCAGGGGAGGCAGCAGCAGCAGCAGCAGCAGCAGGCUCAGGGCCCAGCCCCGGCUCAGGCCCAGAAGCCGGGCUCGCUGACGCCGCCGUCCUCGCCCAAGGCGCAGCGCGCGGGGCACCGCCGCAUCCUCAGCGACGUCACCCACAGCGCCGUCUUCGGCGUCCCCGCCAGCAAAUCCACCCAGCUGCUGCAGGCCGCCGCCGCCGAGGCCAGCCUCAACAAGUCCAAAUCUGCUUCCACCACGCCCUCGGGCUCACCAAGGACCUCGCAGCAGAAUGUCUACAACCCUCCUGACGUGUCCACGUGGAACCCCUUUGAUGAUGACAACUUCUCCAAGCUGACAGCUGAGGAGCUGCUGAACAAGGACUUUGCAAAGCUGGGGGAAGGGAAGGCCCCAGAAAAGGCAGGCAGUUCCACAGAGAACCUGAUCCCAGGGUUCCAGCCGGCUGCGUCCGCAGCCCCGGCCGAUGCCUUCGGGGGCUCUUCCUUCACUGCUGGGCCAGCUGAAAAAACGAAAGACAUUCUGAGUUUGGACUCUAACCCUCCUCUUCUGACUGUGCCUGAUCCUUUCAUUCCUCUCCCGUUAUCUGACACCCCAGAAAAACUGAUUGAGGGACUCAAAUCUCCCGAGCCUGCGCUCCUGCUCCCCGAGCUGCUGCCUCUGGCUGACCCCUUCGGCAGCACGUCAGACGCUGUCAAUGGAAAAGCUGACGUGGCUGUGGAGAGCCUGAUCCCGGGGCUGGAGGCCCCUCUGCCCCAGCGCCUCGUGUCACAGAGCGAGUCCGUGGCCUCCAACAGAACAGACUCUCUCACUGGGGAAGACUCUCUGCUUGACUGUUCUCUGCUCUCUAACCCUGCUGCUGACCUCCUGGAUGAGUUUGCUCCCGUAGCUUUUGCAGCUCAGCCUCACAAAGAAGAUACUAACCUGAUAUCAGGCUUUGAUGCUCCUGAGGGCUCUGAAAAAGUGACAGAAGAUGAAUUUGACCCAAUUCCAGUGUUGAUAUCCAAAAAUUCACAAGGUGGGCAUUCUAGAAACAACAGUGGAAGCUCUGAGUCCAGUCUUCCCAACAUAGCCAGGUCUUUGCUGCUGGUGGAUCAGCUCAUAGACCUGUAGCAGUGACACAGUAGCAGACGCAGUUUCUGUAACGUACCCAAACCUCCGGUUUCCUUGCCAGAAGAGUUUCCUUCCCUUGUGCUUCUUUGGGGCUUUGCUGCUUUUUUUUUUUUUCAAUUUAUUUUAUUUUAUUCUCCUUUAAUUAAGAGAAAAAUCUGCCAACAGGGGACAGUCACCCAUCUGCCUGUCUUCCCGUGCCCUGGGGAAGAUUCUGGCUGAGUUCUCCAGGGAGCUGUUCUCUCUAAAGCUGGUAAAGCCCUGUGGGGUUCCCUCUGCACUGUCCCCUGGCCGUGCUCAGGGAGCUGUGGCUGCUCUGUGACCUGCUCUGGGUGUGGUUUUGGUUCUGUUCCCAUUUCCUCACGGCUGGGCAGGAGCAGGGGCCAGGUGACGGUGGCAGGGACAUCCCUCAGCUGAGGGACACAGCGUGGGAGAGCUGCUGGCUCUGAAUUGCUGCAGAGGAGGAGGAAGCCCUGAGUCCUCUGGAGCAAUCCAGCCAUACUCUGGUGAUGGUGUAUGUGAAGAGUUUCCCAGCUGUCCCCAGCUCAUGGUUUGCUGUUUAACAAUCCUGCUGGGAACAAACUGCGCGUCCUGGGGGAGGGAAAACCAGAGAAAAGGAAAAAAAGAGAAAAGGAAAAAGGAAACAACCAGAUUGUUAAAGCUGCAGAAAUGACUGUAAGUGAAGCAUAACAAGGUUUUGAACCAAAUCCAUGUGAGUAUGGCUGUGACUAGUGUUUCACUGACCUUUCUUUGGGUGACAAGGGUGCUGUGGCAGCAGCAGAUGUAUUUUCUGUGAGUUCUUUUCUGUGUUUGACUGGAAAAAAAGAAAAACCCCUCAGCCUACUGUAAAUUGUGUAUGAAACAAAUUGUCCUACGGCUGUUUGUCUAUUUUUAAUCCUGGUUUUAGUCAAGCAUCUGGUAUCUGUUCUGGGUUCUCCAUUUUCUCUUGUAACUGCUAUAGUGCCCCCCAGUUGAGUAUGGAGCCAUUGUUUCAGUAGACAAAGAUUCCUGUGGGCCUCUCUCCACCCCAGUCUCUGUGAACACGCAUGCACUCGGUUCAGGUGGUUUGAAAUCAGUGCUGCUACAACUCGGUGGGUUCUCCCUGACCUCCCCUCCACACGCUUGGUUUGUCAAUAGCUGGAUACGCUCAGCUCGUUCCCCUUGGCUUGCCAUGGAGUCUGGAAUUUCUAUCUCGUGUUUGAAAGCCCUCUCUGAGCAGAAGAACUCUUCCUCUGUAGUGGAAUUCUCCCCAGCUUCCUGCUCCCUGUGUUUGUGUUCGUAGCUGUAUUAGUACCAGUGCAGUUCCCACGUGCGAAAGUGCGAGCGACUGAAUGUGUCUGUGCUGGCCUCGCUGAGAAGGGAAGAACCCCAAGUUUGUGACUCCUCCUUUCCUCUCUCCAUCUCCUCCCCACCCCAGCACUUAGUUUAACAAAUUCUGUACAUAGAACUCCCAUCGCUUGUGUCUCCACAUUACUCUUCUUUUAAAACCUACACUUAUUAAUAAAAGUAUUGCUUAAGUGUGUUGUAUCAUUACAUGUGUAUACUGCACUUUCCAAGAGAAGCUUUACAUGAGAACUAUGGAAAUGACCUUAGUAAAAUUGUGGAUAGAACUUUAUUUUUUUUUUGUUUUAUAUUCCUAAAGCACAGGCAAGCUGGACUGGAAAACAUGAAGACGCUAUAGAUAGAAAGUUAUUGUAUAGUCAGAUACUGAGAUUAUAUGAAAAGAGAAUGGAUUUUAAAAAGUAACCAUCUACUGUAUAUUAGAAACAAAGAUUUCUGUGAAUUAAAGUACUUUUAAAGAAUGUUUAAGAUUUUAAAUCUAAUGGCGCUUGUUCAAGGGUUCUGGAAAAAAUGACAAAUGCACUGGGUUGUUAAUAAUGCUAUUAAAUAAGCAGAUGUGAAUGUUUAUUUUAUUGCUUUUUCAAGUAGCUGUUUAUGGGUGUGGGUGGAAAUACGAUAUUUUAGAGACGUCUGUUCUCAGACCUCCUUUAUCAGAAAAUAUUCACCAUGUGUUUGCAGAGUGAAUGGAAAUGAGAGAUGAGUGGAGAUUGGGGAUUCAUUUUAAACUCUCCAGAAACUGUGUCCCGUGGGCUCUGGGUUAGUGCUGGUGCUGCUCAGAACUGAGGAGUUUGUGUGAAAGCUGCUGCUCUGAGGGCACAAACAACUUCAUCCCGGGUCCCAUGGGACACUUGUGGUGCAUGGCAUUCCCGGAGGGGCUAAGAAUCCGUGUUGGAGCUUGCUUGGACCAGGGGAGGUGUUCCUGUCCCUCUGAAGGGCUGUGGGGUCAGGAGGUGUUCAGUGGCAG